CUGCACUAUAUACGCUUCACUACCAUGUCCGCCGAGUCCAAAGUGUGACUUUAUGCCAUGGAGACAUCUUGUCAAACCAAGUGAAAAUUCGAACCGACUCCAAGCAUGUAAGAAUACAGUCCCGCCGUGAAACCGUCUAAUCUCCCCGAAUCGCGUACAUCGUUGCUGCUUGUAUGUACGUGCGUACAUAUACUAGAGCUCUAGAACCUCGGCGAACACGGAAUGGGAUUGGAUGGGGCGGGUCUGAUUGUUCUGGCAACCCCACAUACUAUGUAAUAAAUGGCCUAUUCAGAUGAAGCAUGACAUGGUAUCCUGUUCUUCUGCUUUGGGUCUAUCCAUGGUGGGCUUCCCCGCGGUAUCAUCAUUCGCAUCGAGGCAAGCAAGCUCUCCCGAUCCCCUUUUCCGGCUGGAUAGGUAGGUACCUAUGUGGAAGAGGACGCCGAAGACGACGAAGGGAGUCGGACCAAAAAGAGCUAGGGUUCAUGUCGAUUCCCAUCAAUAGAUUUUCGUUGCCCUACCAUAGGGGUAACACAGUUUCAGCAGCACAUCAAGCCUUGUAGGGUACAGACGCUUUAUCAAAGUAGCCAGGCGAGACGCCACGUUGUGUAGCAGAUCAUCCGAGAUCCAUUCCCUAGGCGAUUUCGUGGCACAUUCACAUAUCAUCAUAUUAUCAAGACCCGGCCGUGAGGUGUUAACGAUCCCUGGAAACAGGUAGGCUAACAUUUAUUAGUGCGAUUGUGUAGUGUAGAGCGCAUUAAGUGGACACCUACUCGAGUCCAAUUUUUCAAGAUGAUGGA